AUGGACGAAGUUAACUUUGGGAGAGAGGAUCGAACUGCGGAACCGAAUAAUGAAGCAUGCUUCAUCACUGCUUUUAGUCAGCCUCUUGCACGUCUGUCUGUGUACUCCUGUCACUUAGCCCUAAGUGACACCGGCAACAAUGGGGAAUCCAAGUUGAUAGCUGCAUCUUUCAACGAUGGAGUCUCCAAGUUUAUGCUCAAAGUCUUCUCUAAAACGUCGCUUGUCUCCCAAAACGCUAUUCUCGGGCUCCCAUCUGCGGUUACGAGCUUCAACAUCAGUAAAGGUGUGACGGCGGUUGGUGUAGCGGCCGGUGCUGCUAUUUUCAUCUACAAGAACAUGCGCGCCUUUUUCAAGUACACACUGCCAGAGCUAGAGCUCAACCAAAUCGAAAAAGAAGCUUGGAUCCAUUCGCGGGAAGAGAAUUUCGAUUUCGAAAAUCUCGCUGAUGUUCUUACCACUCUUCGUUACCAACAAGGAAUUCCUCUUUCUCAGCGAUCUCGGAUUUUCCUCAACUUACCCAAUGCCGAUGAAAGAGCCGCAUAUGCCAGAGCUAAUCACCAAAAACCUCUUACCAGAGUUUCAAACAUCGUCGCGAUGAGUGCAAUGAAGAAAAGCGUUCCAGACGAAACUGGAGUAUCAUGCUUGAUCGUUGCCACCGAAGAUGCCGAACUUCAGAUAAUGGAUUGCGCGGCCUUUACGGUACUUCGAAGAGUAGAGCUACCUUCAGUUCCUGUUUUUAUCGAACACGCAGGCCUGUUCGACGUUGAUUACAGAAUAUUUGUGAUUGCAAGGGAUGGAAUUUGCUACUCCUUUGACCGCGAUUCUGAGCCUCGUGUGUUGUUUACACUUUCCACUCAUGCCGUCGGCUUCGUCAAGAGCGCCUCUUAUCUUUUCGUCGCUUGUACAGACGAUACGCUUCAUAUAUACCACGAGGAUGGAAGAAUCAAGCAUAUGAGGCGAACAAAAGGACGGCCACUGGCAAUCUGUGGACUAGAUGUCAAAGAUAAAGGAAUCACAGGCGUGCUUGUUAGCACAGAUAAAAAUGUCAUCCAAAUUUUUAGGGACACUGAGCUUGUCGACGAAUUAGAGACGAACGAAAAUGUCGUUGCUGUUACGUUUGGUAGAUAUGACAGAGAAGACUCGACACUUGUCACAGUUACGGAAAACGGCGCGUUAGAGGUUUUCUUCGUCCGGCGAAAGGCGACUUUUCAGAAGAAGGAUAUCGCCAAAACAAGUCGCGAAGUCGGACUGGCAAUAAAAAUGCCCAAGAUGGAACAAGCUUACUUAGACCAAAUAGAUAUUGAGAAAAAGAACGUACAAUCGAUUAUGAAUAAUUUCCAAUACGACCUCUCAAAAUUGAGACUUAUGGCCGGAAGAGAAAUGCUGAAGAUCCAGAAUAAAGCACUCGCUCCCUCAACAGAUGUGUACGGAAUUUCCAUGACUAAUGAUUCUAUAGAGAAAGAUAUGAAGAAAAUUUUUGAGAGAAGCGUUAGAGUUAGGGCAAGAAGACUUUCAUGGUUUGGAAAUUCUAAAAACGAUGGAAAAAGUGGGCUCUUCGGAAAGAAUUUGAGAAAGCCUACAGACUUCGAGCGUGACACUAAAGAAGCCAUUGCUGACAUCGAAAAAUGCGUGGACGUCGUUGUCAACUCAAGAAUCGAGGAUGUCGUAGAAGCAGUGGACUCGUUAUCAAAUCGAAUUUGUAUCACUGCAGACAUGUCCGAUUGCAUCCGAUCUAUUCACCCCGAUAACGACAUCGCUGACGCUGCAGACCAGUGCCAUCAACGGCUUGGCGGCUAUGUGGAAGAGUUGAAUUCUAGUUCGGAGCUGCAUCGGCCUCUCAAAGCGUUCUGUGAUUCUGAAUUACUUAAAAGUGCAGAUGAAGAUACUUUCCGCUGUGCUACACUCUUGCUUCACGACUUUGAACAGUCUGGUAUCAACUUGCCAGAAGAAGAACGUCGGGCCUAUGUCUCCAUUCAUUCGGACAUCAUUGAGAAUCAGUCUUAUCUUGCCCAAAUGGCUCGACAACCAUCUGUUUUCGAUAAAGAGGCCAACAGUUCUCGAUUGAACGCUGCUUUACUGAGUUAUCGAGUGGCCGAAGAGCAUAAAAUGCAAGGUCGUAAUCUGAUGGUUCAAUACUCAUGGCUCAUGCGACAUCCAGAUCGAGACUUGCGACGCGAAUCUUAUCUCAGUUACUUGGGUUUCACAUAUUUUUCGCUAACAUGGAUUCGACUCCUAUUAAGCAUAAAUUUAUACUUUAUUUUACUUAUUGUGUACCCUCAACUAAGCUACUACAAAUUGGAUGACUUAACUGUUAAUAAUCAAGCUCUCUUCAGUAAUCGACGCAAAAUGGCACGCGCUCUAAAUUUCGACAGUUUUUCUCAUCGUGCUUUGAUGCUCUCUGCUCCGAAGGGGCCAGAAGAAGUCGGCUAUUUCCUGAGAAGCCUAUCUGACGAAAUGCGUCCUUUUCUAGAGAAUGAUCGCCGCCACAUUUCCCAGUUUAUAGACGACUCGUCCCCUCCUGGACCGUGGGAUAUAUACGCCGUUGCCAACUUACAAGCCACACAGGUUCCAAUGAAGCUCAAUUUCUACGACUGCAUUAAUGGAUUUUUCGAGUUAGCAGAGGCACUUUUUGGAAUUGUUUUUACGAAAGAGACCCCGAAAGAUGGGGAAGUCUGGCACCCAAGUGUUUUGAAAUACCGUGUAGCAUAUGGUGAAACUGAUUAUGGAACUAUUUACGUGGACCCAUUUACGCGGCAAGACAAACGAUGUAUGGACUGUCAUUUUACUGUUCGCUGCGGCAAACAGUUAUCGAAGACAUCUUACCAGAAUCCGAUCAUUGUCGUUUCAUUCUCCUGUCAAAAUCGUGGAGAAGCGUCUGAAAUCUCCCACGAUGAGUUGACAACAAUCUUUCACGAAAUGGGCCACGCAUUGCACUCAAUACUUGCACAGAGCACGUUAACUUUCAAAAUGCUUCGAGCUGGACAAAAAGUCGUCGCCAAGCGUGGCGCCAAAGAAAUCGCCUUCGGACUCCAGGCGAAGAAGGACAUGAUGAAGGGUAUUAACAAGCUUGCCGACGCUGUUGCUUGCACCAUGGGGCCAAAAGGCUCUACUGUUAUUAUUGAGAAGUCGUGGGGCGCUCCACAAAUCACGAAGGAUGGUGUUACCGUCGCAAAAAGCGUUGACCUACCCGAUAAAAUGGAGAACAUUGGUGCCCGACUUGUUCAGGACGUCGCCAACAAUACCAACGAUAAAGCCGGUGAUGGAACUACUGGAGCCACUGUCCUAGCACGUGCUAUCAUUGUUGAAGGAAUGGAGAGAAUCCAGAAAGGAGCCAACGGAACCGAUGUACGACGAGGAAUCCAGAAAGCGGUCAACAUCGUUGUCGACAACCUGCAAGAGAUCUCUAAGCCCGUUGAAACCUCGGAAGAAAUUGCACAGGUCGCUACUAUUUCCGCCAACGGAGAUACUGAAGUUGGCGAUUUGAUUGCUCGCGCUAUGGACAGAGUUGGUCGCCGAGGUGUCAUUACUGUGAAGGAUGGAAAGACUCUUGAAGACGAAUUGGAAGUCACCGAAGGUAUUAAAUUCGACCGAGGCUACAUCUCUCCCUACUUCAUGACCGAGCAGAAGGGACUGAAGUUGCAACCUCUUAUUCCUGCCCUUGAAUUUGCUGCAAAGAACCAGAAACCCCUCAUCAUCAUCGCCGAGGACGUCGAUUCUGAUGCCAUUGCUGCUCUCGUCUUGAAUCGCCUGAAAGGUGGCCUCAAAGUUGUCGCUGUUAAAGCUCCAGGCUUCGGUGACAAUAGAAAGAACACUCUGAAGGAUAUUGGCAUCGCGACUGGUGCCACUAUUUUCAACGAUGAAGCAUUUGCCCUCAAGCUCGAAGAUAUCAAGCCUUCUGACUUCGGUCAAGUCGGCGAGCUUGUCGUCACUAAGGAUGACACACUUAUGUUGAACGGAAACGGAUCUGCGGAUGCGAUUUCUCGGCGAUGCGAAGAAAUUGAUGAUGCAGUUGCCUCCUCGAACUCUGAAUACGAGAAAGAAAAGCUAGCAGAACGAAAGGCACGACUUUCUGGAGGUGUUGCUGUUCUCCGAAUCGGCGGCGCUUCCGAAGUCGAAGUUGGCGAAAAGAAGGACCGAGUUGAGGACGCUCUCUGCGCAACCCGUGCUGCUGUCGAAGAAGGCAUCGUCCCCGGUGGCGGAGUCGCUCUUCUCCGAUGCGUUCCACUUCUUCAGAAUGUCGACACUAAGAAUUCUGAUGAACAAAUCGGCGUAGAUGUUGUCAACCGAGCUAUCCGAAUCCCUGCUACAACUAUUGCCAACAACGCGGGCGUCGAAGGGCGCGCUAUUGUCGAAAAGAUCAUGGCUGGUGAACCUGGCUAUAAUGCUCACACUGGCGAAUUCAUCGACAUGAUCAAGGCCGGAGUUAUUGACCCAACAAAGGUUAUCAAGCAGGCUCUUAUCGAUGCGUCCGGCGUCGCCUCACUCUUAACAACUGCUGAAUGUGUGAUUACGGAGAAGAAAGAAGAAGGCGCUCCUGCUAACCCAAUGGCUGGUAUGGGAGGCAUGGGCGGUAUGGGUGGAAUGGGAGGCAUGAUAAUGUCGUUUUAUAUGGGUGGCGGAGGUGAAUAUCAGCCGCAGGGAACGGCCCCGUCGGGAUUUGCUUACGGGACGUUUCCACAGCCACCCAACCAGCCUGUGCAGGUGAUGGACGCUUCUGGUGGAUACAGUUCGGGGUCAGCAAAUGGAAUGUAUGACGCUCAGUGGCAGCUCGGUCGUUACGCGACUCAGAUGCCUAUGGGUGUCGUCCCAGGUACUCCAGCCGUGCCAACAAACUACCAAAUGGGCACACCUAUGGUCCAGACGCCCAAUAGGGGUGGCCACGGUGGAUCACAUCAACGAAAUCACUUCGGAGGGAACCAGCAGCAGUCACAGUACAAUAGAAACACUCCAGUCGGCCCGAAGCCUAUCAAAGCGACAGAAAUAAAGUCUUACUUAUACGCCUGGUGCACUCAGAAGAAAAUCAAACCAGAAUACACGUAUACGCCGAUCGGUCGCAGUCCGAAGGUUCGAUAUGUAUGCAACCUUGUUAUAACAGGAAUGGGCUACGAAGCGCAGCAAGAAGCACGGUCGAAACGCGAAGCGCAGACCCUUGCUGCUUGGGACUUUGUAGAUCAAAUGGUGGCGAAAGGUCUUAUAAAGAAAGCCGAGCUUCCGAUUAGGAACAUUCAGAUGGAAAGCGUAAAAAGCAACCACGAUGGAAAAGAAUCGGUUUCUUGCGAAGCGAAAAAGGAUGAAGCUGAUAUAAAUGGAGGGUGGAAUAUUGACAAUGCCCGUCAAAGACUAAAUCGCUUUUGUAUGUCGGAACGUAUCUCCUGCGACUUCGAAAACACUGUGGAGACCAUUCACGACGGGCAGAAAAUGACACACUCUAUUCUUAAACUCGACGUUAAACGGCUAGGACCCAAUCCUGUAGUAAUCCGUGCAAAGGCGUCAAACAAGAAACAAGCAAAUGCACAAUGCGCGGUUAUUGCUGUUCGGAAGCUAUUUUCGCUAGGCGUGAUCGAAAAACAUGGUGAAGUGCCCAAACGAUCGCGAGAAGGUCAAAUGGAAGUCGAGGCAGGCCCAGUGAGCUCAAAACACGGCGUGAAAAGAAAACUGGACGAGCCGUUGAACUUUGACGAGAAUGGAAAUUGGACGCUUGAGACUGCUCGAGCAAAACUUCAAGAUUAUUUUGCGUCGAUUGACAAGGAUCUAAGCUUUAACGAAAAAGAAGUUGGAACCAAUCAAGACAGACAGUAUCAAUAUUCCGUCUCGCUAGAAAUUAGUGGGAGGACUUUUGCAGCGGAAGCUAUCGCCACAAAUAAAAAGUCUGCCCAGAAAAAAUGCGCUUUAGACAUGGUUAUUCAACUUUACAAGGCAAAUUUAAUAGAUGGAAAUACUGGCAAACGAAUAAAACCGCGGCAAGGUCCCACCGCUGCCAAGAAAGUUAAAACGAGUACUGCUUACGUACACGGCGGACCUAAAAUCAUGCCAAUCGCUAGAAUUCUUAUACCAAACUGGGGAUCUGGUCGAACUACGCCUUUCGACGACAAACAUCUCAAAGUGAAGCUUGAUAUGCUUGAGCAAACUCAAGAGGAAAAACUUGCUGCCGGAGAUAGUUUGAUCGACGCAGAGACAAUGCUGAGAUCGACCUGUGAAAACAUGAGUGCUGCUAAAGCUGAAGAUGACAGACCGAUUCAAGAGGUCUUCAGAUCAGGUUGCUUUCCUAAGGGGACAAUGAUCAAGGGCGAUCGACAACUCACUUUGAUUAUUUUAACGACGCAGAAGCCUUCAAUAAAGACAAUGACAGAAGUAUACUGUUGUCUGAAAGAACACGCUCUCAUUGAAAAAUUUUCCAACAUCACCCAUGACUACGAAAAGGCAAAGAUAACGUUAGAACGUACCUUCCCGAAAUUCACCAUGAGUGUUGAUCUCUGUUUCACAUCGGAAAAAGUUGUUGAAACAUCCGCUGAUCCCGAUCCCGUUGACUGCCUCCCGGUCCGAGUGUGCUUCAAAUACUUGUCCGAGCUUCGCCACUCACAAUUUUUCCAGCAAUGCGCUCAUCCUAUGGUCAACGCUGUCCCCGUGGCUAGAAUUAUAAAGAGCUUGUUCCAAGAUGACGAAUCGUGGGGCCAAUUCUCUACCUGGACCUGUGACAUGCUCCUGCAAAAGACGAUGGAGUCAGCUAGGCAUCCUCUUACAGCAGGAGACUGUCUGCGACGUUUUUUCUCGGCUUUAUCAGUUGGCCUUGUUCUCAACAACGGGCACGGAAUUGCUGAUGUUACGAACGAGAACGCUAACCAAGUAGAUGACUUAAGCAGGCAAGAGAGAGAAGACAUUACUGGAAAAGCCCAGAUUGCUCUUAGGCUCAUUGCAUUUGGGUAUAUUCACAAGCUUCUCGAUAUUCCGAAGGUUUCGAAAGGUUCAAAAGGAGAGCCUAAAGUUGCCGGUGUCAAAGUUAUAACUGAGGAAACGUCUUCUGUUUCAGCGCCCGCGUCAAAGUAG